CUUGCCAUUAUUGUACUUUUGGCAUGCCUUAAACGAAGAAAACAUUUCAAACUUGAAUACUGCAAUGGAUAUCCUGGUCUCUCGACGUAAGUUUUCUAUCAAGGUAUUGAGAGAUUAUUACAUAAACUAUUAUAUCGCUUCCGGGACAUGUGUAUGUUGGCUACUCAACAAAGUUUUAAGGGUCCAACCCCUUACCCUCUUAUAUACCAGUUUUGACAAAAAAUGUACCCCUCCAUAAACUUCCAUUGAAAAAUGAUGCUCCUUUAACAUACCUAACUCAAUACGAAAAAGAAGGCAGCAGGCCUUUCGUACUAAUUAUUUUAAGUAUUCCUUUUUUAAUCGUUAUGUCAGUGAAUGGAACUCUUUCCUGUCUAAUGUUAUCCGUGAAUCUAGCCUUAAUUUUUUCAAAGUCUCCCUUUUAAUUUAUUUGCGCUCAAAUAAAGUUGUAUUUUAAUACAAACAGUCAAUUCUAUUUUAUGUUAUUGUUACUGUUACACAUUAUUAUUAUUGUUAUUAUUAUUAUUAUUAUUAUUAUUAUUAUUAUUAUUUCUUUCUUAUUAUCUUGAAAAUGGCUUGGCCUUUUUAUCUUUGUAAUGUUAUAUUCUAAGGUUUUCUUUUAAUAUGUAGUGUAUGUACAAGUUAGUUAGCUUUAUAAAAGGAAAUUAGUCCUAGAAUGAGGGUGUAGUUUCCCCCUGCUGCUAUAUCUCGCCAUCUUUCACCGUUUUUCUUUUUCUUAUUGUAUUGAUGGUAAGCAUUAUUAAACUUUAACUUUAACUUAAGAGUAGGAAGUCUUCUUGUCAUUUUCGUGUAAUGUUUAAUAAUUUAAAAUGAUAGCCAUAAGGCACAUCUUUUCAAAACAUUUAAUCAAAGGCCCGUUAUUAAAAUACUUAAAAUAAAUGAUAAAUUUUCCCACCCUUUCACAGUGCUUUCAUACACUUCAUCUUGUGAAUACCCUGGCUUUUCAUAUUCCGGAACCGUGAAUAACGUACCUCUUUCGGGCGAAGCCUUUAGCUCCGGGCCGUUUAGGCAAUUAUUGGAAGUGCCCCACCCGGGUGUAGAAGGCCUAAAUGUAAUAAAGUCCUAAAUGUAAUAACAUUUUGUGCUAAAUGUAAUUACAUUUUGUCCAAAAUGUAAUAAAACCUUAAGUUGCAAAUUACAGCAAUUACUGAAAUAAGCGCCGCAUUUGGGGGGUUUAUAUGCACCGCGGCACUUAUUCGGGUAAAUACGGUGCUAAGAGGUAUUACUAUGGUUUUAAGCGCGGCCCUCAAAUAAGCGCCGCAUUUUGGAGAAAAAAUUUAAUAAGCUUCGGUACAUUUCCUCAUGCACUAUGUAACUUGACAUUUACAAAAAAAUUGCUUGUAAAGGGACGAAAUAAAAAAAAAAAAUUGGAAGCCUUAAAAAGUUUUUCAUACUUCAUUUUUAUUAAAGAAAUUUACUGCAAAAACCGUGGAAGAAGAUCCUGUUGCUUGUCAACUUUGGAUCUCUAGAAAAGAGAUCUAACCAGCUAAAAUAUUAAGAACAAAAAACGAGAAGUCUAAGGGCCUGUUUACUUGGAGGUGGCGGACACCAGGUAGGUGGUAACCCUCCUGUUCACAUAAUUUCUCAUUUUAAUUUGAUUACGUUUACAUGAUAGGUGGGGUGACCCACCGCAUGUUACCUCACCUUUCUGGGGUCCCCCACCUCAAUGUAAACAGGCCCUAAAGACUACUGCAUGAGAGCAUGUAAACAUGUGUGGAGUCAAGAUGAUUUGCUCUUCGCGCGCUAAUCACACAAGCACGAAUUUUAAAAUGUUUUUGAGUUGAAAACUCGACAAAUUUACUUUAUUUACCCAUUCUCUCGUCUUAUGAAACUUGGAAAAUCUUUACAAACAUGCUGUGCCAAUUUUUGUUCGCUUAAGCUGACAUUUUAAGCGAGAAAAACUCUUUUUUGGAAAGCAUCUUUAUUGCAAAACAAGAACUGAUUACACGUACAUUAAGCUUCGUGUACAAGACUUCGCGACUGGUAAGAGUUUCUCUUUCAAUCAGUAACCUAAACAAAGAGUUUUUCUUUUUUCUCGAGAAAGUUAUUUUAGAAAAGCAAUAGAAAACAUUUUUCCAGUGUUUGCAUAGCCUGAUUUUAACACUCGAGGGGUUGGGAGAACUCUUGACAGGAAAAACACAGGAAAAAAGUUUUCCAGUUGCUUGAAUAUUGCUUUUUUAGAAAAAUACUGUUACUUUGUCAUUUACAAGCAAUUUAUUUGUGAACGUUAAGUUUCACAGUGCAUAAGGAAAUGUACCGAAUUCACGCGAUUAGGCCGCGGCGCUUAUUAACUUUUUUCCAAAAAUGAGGCGCUUAUUUGAGAGCGGUGCUUAAUACCAUAGUAAUACCGGUUAGUGCCGUAUUUACACGAAUAAGCGCGGCGGCGCUAAUGCACUUAUUUGAGGGCGGCGCUUAUUCGAGUAAUUACUGUAACUGGCAACUUAAGAGUUUAUUACAUUUGGGGCAAAUUGUUAUUACAUUUAGGACAAAAUGUUAUUACAAUUUAGGACUUUAUUACAUUUAGGGUCGUUUAUUACAUUUAGGGUCGUUUAUUACAUUUAGGCCUUCUACACCGGGCGUAAAUUUUGUUUUCAUUACACGGUCAUCUUUUGAGUCAUUAAUACAAUUAAUCAAUUAUUCUUCAUUCAAAAAUUUCCAAAAUUUCCAAAAAACGUCUUCAUUCGUUAAAAAGGAUUCUGUUUUCCUCUUCAGGCCAGUCAACUUCUUAGGUGGUAGACACAACCGAUUCACCAUUGCUGCUACCUUUGGAGCUACAGCUUCUACUUGCAUGGAACUUUUCUUCAGUGGGAAGAGUGGGAUAUUUAUCGAAGGAGGUCCUCCAUGGGUGAAGGGUAAGUACGGGACCUCACAGCCGGACCCAUAA